AUGACACGAGUGAAGAAGCCGUGGAGCCAGAUGACGGAGAGCCAGCUAGCCAAGGCCAUGGCGAGACAGGCUAAGUGGAAGAAGAGGGAUAAUGAAAAGGACAUGCUGAAGAAGGCGCGCGCCGACAAGAGAAAGGUCAAGGCCUUUCACCAUGUCUUCAAGCAGGUCAUCUACAAAGAGAAUAACAACAUAGACGCUAUCGAAGACAAACAGCAGCUGUUAAACCUACUUCAGGCCGCCAAGGAACCCGGGGCUGUAUCACCAGAGCUCCACCAGCAGUAUCUCGCCGUCCGCGAUUACUUCACUGCCAGUAUGAAAGCUAGAAGCGUGGAGCUUCCAAUCAGUAGUAACCCAGUCCAAGGUCUCACAAGUCAUACUAGGGGAGCAGGCAACCAAUUGCUAGACCAGGCCCCUCAAUCGCCGUUCGCAACAGUAGCAAACCAGUCUAAGGACCCGCAAUCCAUCGUCCAGGCUCCAGAUGAAGGAGGCCAACAGGAUACGUGUUGA